UGCGGCAACAGAAGGAAGGAGGAGCAAGCCUUCCACAUACACAGUAGCCCCACCCCUCUUGGCAAGAGCGGCGUUGGGACUCCCUCCAGAUUUCCUCCCGGUUGCUUUUGGGAAGUCCUUUGAUUUCCUCUCUCCUUUUCUCUAAUGUGCAUCGCGGGAGGAGCAAAACGGGGGUCUUGCUGAGCCGUCGAGGAACUGCAGCGUCCCAACUUGGUUUGCAAACUUUGCAGAUUAUGCUCUCGGGCAGCGACAGCAGACUCCCACAAUGAGAGGGGAGAUGCUGCUCCUUGCUGCGCUCCAUGCCACACUUUUUGCUUCAACUCAGAUUAAGGCUCAGAAGAGAGAGAGAGUGAUCUGCACCAAUGUCUACACAGCUGAUGUUGUAUUUCUGGUGGAUGGAUCAUCUAGCAUUGGAAGGGCCAACUUCCGCAUGGUCCAAGCCUUCAUGGAGGGACUGGUUGUGCCUUUUGUCAAUGUGGUGAGCGAGAAUGGGGUGCGUUUUGGACUUGUGCAGUACAGUGAUGACCCCAGAAUUGAAUUCACAUUUUCCAAGUACCACAAUGGAACAGAGCUGAUGAGGGCUGUCAGAGAGCUGAGCUACAAGGGCGGGAACACGCGCACAGGUGCAGGCCUUCGUUAUGUAGCAGAUAACUUCUUUGGAGCCAAUCAGAUCCGACCCAGUGUUCCAAAGAUUUGUAUCCUCAUCACAGAUGGCAAAUCUCAGGAUGAUGUGGAGCAGGCAGUGGUGAAGCUGAAGGCUCAAGAUGUUAAAGUCUUUGCUGUGGGCAUCAAGAAUGCAGACACCAAAGAGCUCACCAAGGUGGCCUCCACACCCACCGAAGAUUACUUUUUCUUUGUCAAUGAUUUUAAAAUCCUGAGAACUCUUCUACCUCUAAUGUCACGGAAGGUGUGUGCCAGCACUGGAGGCAUCCUGCAGACAACAGAUGCACAGGCAUACAGUGGUCCGACGAACCUGGUAUUUGUAGAUCAGGGGACAGACAUGCUGAGGAUCCGCUGGACUCCAGCUGGUGGUCCUGUAACGGGCUAUAAAGUCCAAUAUGUACCUCUCACAGGUUUGGGGCAACCAGUAACAGCAGAGAGGCAGGAGGUUAGUUUGGGCCCUGAGGAGACAAGUGCUGUGCUGCGUGGUUUGAAAGGAGCAACAGAAUACCAGGUCACUGUUAUUGCUCAGUAUGCCAACAGUAUUGGAGAAUCUGUGUCUGGCAGAGAACAUACCCAGAUCUUGUCUGGAGUGUCAAACUUUCGGGUGCUGGAAGCUGGACCAUCAUUCCUUAGACUGUCCUGGGCAGCUGGCACAGGUGCCAUACAGGGUUACAGGCUCACUUUUAUGGCCCGAGGUGAAACUCAGGCAGAGGAGAUGAGGCUUGGAUCCAGCGCUUCAUCUGUCCUGCUCAGCAACCUUCGCCCUAACACUGACUAUGUGAUCACACUGUACCCCAUCUAUCCACAUCAGACCAUAGCGCCUUCUGUGAUUAGUGGCCGAACGUUGAGUUUGGCAGGAGUGCAACAUCUGUCUGCCCAGAACAUUUCCUCCCAGAGCAUGCUGCUGUCUUGGCAGGGUAUGAGUGGAGCUACUGCAUAUCGUAUUACUUGGGGACUUCUCUCAGGUCAGGAUAUUCGGAGCAUUGAUGUGGACUCAAGCAAGAAUUCCUUCUUGCUGACUGGACUGCAAGCUGACACUGAGUACGUGGUGACUGUUGCUCCAAUUUAUGGGCAGCUGGAAGGGCCCAAGGCCUCCCUCAGGAAGAGAACCGAUAUAAUCCAGAUACUGAGGACCAUCACUGUAGGUCCAACAUCUAUCCAGUUGGCCUGGAAUGUCAUCCCUAAUGCCCGGGGCUAUCGAUUGGAGUGGAGAAAAGCAAUAGGUGUGGAUGCACCCAAGACAGUGUCCCUGUCUACUCGUGAGAACAGUUAUACUCUGACAGGCCUGCAGCCAGGCACAGAAUAUCACAUAACCCUCUACACCUUGUAUGAUGGCAAGGAGGUUGCGACCCCAGUUACCAUCUCAGAGACUGGGGUGGAACCAUCAGUGGGUAGCAUCUCUGAUUUAAGGUACACUGAGACCUUAGGAAACAGAGUUCGACUGGCUUGGACAGGUGUCCCUGGGGCCACAGGCUAUAAGAUUGUGCUUCGAAAUACCCAAGAUGGCACAGAGAAGAGUCGACAUAUUUCAGGUUCCCAGACCACUGUGGACCUGAAUGAUCUGAAAGAAGAUAUCAUCUAUAUGGUGCGUGUGUCAGCUCUUAUUGGCAGCCGUGAGGGUAGUGCUGUUCCUUUAAACAUCCGACUUCGACCAACAUUGGUAAGCAGUGUAUCAAACCUGCGUAUGGUGCCGGCUGGACUGGGUCGCAUCCGACUUGUGUGGACCCCUAUCCCCAGGGCUACAGCUUAUAAACUGGUGAUUGUCAACACUCAGGAUGGCACUGAGGAGACUAAACAAAUCCCUGGUGAUCGGGGUUUCAUUGAACUGCAAGAUCUGAAGGACGGAGUCAGAUACUUGGUGCGAAUAACAACACUGAUGGGCAGCCAGGAGAGUGUCCCUGCCAUCAUUACUUUUAACAUGGAAUACCCAUCUGUGGGCAGCAUCACCAAUCUAAAAGCAAUUGCGACUGGGCCUAGCCAGCUGCAGAUCACAUGGAGUGGAGUUCCUGGGGCAACUGGCUAUAAGGUGACAUGGCGACUGAGGGAUGGUCAAGAGAUUUCUCGGGUUCUGCCAGCUGAUGUGAACUCCUACACUAUUGAGGGCUUGAAGGCUGGGUCAAUCUAUGUCAUUGGGGUCUCAGCCUUGGCUGGGAGUAGAGAAGGAAGUCAGGUCACCACCACAACUACAACAGCCCCUGAUGUAGUAGGAACUGUCUCCAGUCUCAAGGUCCUUGAAUCCAGAAGCAAUGUGGUGCGAGUCACGUGGGUUGGUGUGCCAGGGGUUACAGCCUACAGAGUGAUGUGGAGCCAGCGUGAUGGUGGAGCUGAAACCAGCAAGUUAGUACCAGGAAGCACCAGGUCCUUUGACAUUCUCAACCUGGAAGGAGGAGUAAGCUACAUUGUUAAAGUCACUGCACUGAUUGGCAACCGUGAGGGAGAUCCUGUGUCUAUCACUGUUACCACACCAACAGUUGCAGCUCAACCGGUUGGGAAUCUGCGUGUGACUGACUCAUCAGAAAAGCGCAUCAAGCUAGCAUGGAGCCCUGCACCAGGUAGCACAGGUUACCGACUUACCUGGCGACCAGCAGGUGGUGGACCAGAGAAGAGUCAGCUGCUUUCAGCCCACAUCAACACCUAUGAAAUUGGAGACUUGCAGCCAAGAGGGCAUUAUGAAUUCCACAUCACCAGCCUGACAGGCAAUCAGGAGAGUGAAGCUGUGGCCAUUGUGGCCAGCACUGCACCACUGGGCCGUGUGACUAAUUUCCGGGUGGCAGAAACUCAAAAAGAUUCUGUGACUUUGACUUGGACUCCAGUCGCUAGAGCCACCAGCUAUCUCCUCACAUGGGAGUCUUCACGAGGUGGAGGAGGUGCACAAACAACACUGCCUGAAUCAGCAACAUCUCACCAAGUGUCUGGGUUGCGUUUGGGUGACAGAUAUACCUUCACCAUUCGCCCAGUGUUUGACAGCAUCACAGGUGCUGAGACUUCUGUUACUGAGCGCACAGUUUGCCGAGAUGCCCGCAGCGAUAUAGCCUUUCUUAUACAUGCAACUCGAGACAAUGCCUACAGUGCAGAGGCUGUGCGAAGCUUCCUCUCCAAUACGAUAUCUAUGCUGGGCCAGCUGGGCCCUACUGCCACUCAGGUGGGUCUUGUAAUUUACAGCUACCGUAGCCUUCCAUUACUUCUGUUCAAUCGCUCUGGUGAUCUUGCGACAGUCCUGCAGCACAUCCGCACCCUGCGCUAUGAGGAGCCUAGUGGCAAUGCUAUUGGAGCUGCCAUUAAUUUUGCUAAGAACUACAUCAUGAGUUCAAAUGCAGGCCGUAGAGCUGGUGUGCCAGGAGUACUGGUAAUACUGGCAGAUGGACCAUCAAGUGAUGAAGCCAUUGAGCAGGCCAGGGAGAUCAAGGCAGCAGGGAUUCAUGUACUGGCGGUGGGCAUGGAUGGGGCUGAACAUGAGCAGCUGCGCCGCCUGGUAACCAAUGAAGACCCACGCUAUGUUUUCUUUGUGAGGGACUCAAGCAGCCUUUCAGAGCUGGAGGAAGCAUUUUCUAGUGCCCUCUGCAGGUCGCCCAUCACAGAUGGGCCUAGACCAGAACCUUGUGUAGUGCAUUGUCCCAAGGGUGAGAAGGGGGAGCCUGGUGAGAUUGGACGGAAAGGACGCAUGGGACUUCCUGGCCCCCCUGGAGAACUGGGACGCAAUGGGAUCCCAGGCCCUCCAGGUCCAGUAGGACCUCGGGGUCCACCAGGCGAUGUCAUUGAAAGGCCAGAUAUGAAGGGAGACAGGGGAUUCCCAGGAGCAGAUGGCAUACCAGGAAGUCCUGGCCGCCCUGGUAACCCUGGUUCUCCUGGUCAGCCAGGCGGCCCUGGCCUUCCUGGUCUCAAGGGAAAUCCUGGGGACCGUGGCCUUAUUGGUCCCAUUGGGCUAAAGGGAGAGAAAGGUGAGCCGGGAGAGCCUAGAGGAGUUGUAGAUGGAGAAGGUGGACUUCCUGGCCAGAAAGGGGAGCCUGGCAACCCGGGAAUCCCUGGAACUACUGGAAGUCCUGGACCCAGGGGAGCAAGUGGUUUUCCUGGACCUCCUGGGCCUCUCGGACCUCCUGGACCACAAGGACCUCCAGGAGAAUUUGUUAAGGGGGACAAGGGCGACCGAGGUGAGCGAGGUCCUCCUGGACAUGGUGAUGGAACAGUGAUGAAAGGAGAACCGGGCAAUCCUGGUGAUCCAGGACCUAGAGGAUCUCCUGGGCUUCCAGGACAGAAGGGAGACAAGGGGGAUGGAGAAGAAGGUUUUCCUGGACCACCUGGCCGUCCAGGAGACCCAGGAGAUCGCGGCCCUAGAGGACCUCCAGGUGAAGAAGGAAGCAAGGGGGACCGUGGGCAGCCUGGUGAGGUUGGACCAUCAGGAGAGAAGGGCGAGCGUGGAACCCCUGGCCCUGAAGGCGAGAAGGGAGAGCAAGGACCAUCAGGCCGCUCUGGUCCUCCUGGCAGAGAUGGCUUACCAGGAACACCUGGUCCCCGAGGACAAAGGGGAGAGCCUGGUGAACCUGGGACUUCGGCUCCCAGCAUCUCAGGAAUUAAAGGGGACAAGGGAGAGAGAGGCCUUGUUGGACCAGAGGGACCACCUGGACCCAGAGGAGAGCCUGGAAACAAAGGGGAUCGUGGAUCUCCUGGAUUAAGUCUCCCUGGCAUAGCUGGUCCAAAAGGAGAGCAAGGUGACAGAGGGAUUGUUGGCUUCCCUGGCAAAAUUGGACCAAAGGGUGACCCUGGAGAGCCAGGUGAGAGAGGAGAGCCGGGGAGAGUGGGGGGCUCUGGACCCAGUGGUUUGCGAGGGAAAGAGGGUGAAAAGGGAGACAAAGGUGAAGAAGGGACCCCAGGUGAGCCAGGUCCACCUGGCAAACUUGGAGAAAGAGGUCUAAGGGGUCUGCCCGGAAACCGAGGACUCCCUGGUGAGAAGGGGGACAUGGGGGGCCCUGGUGAAGAUGGAAGAAAUGGUAGCCCUGGAGCACCAGGCAAAAAGGGUGACCGAGGGGAUCCUGGGCUGCCUGGACCACCAGGCCAGUCAGUCAGUGAGGGAGCUGGAAUACUGGGACAGAAAGGCGACAAGGUAAUCGUGCUGUAG